AUGGGCUCUUUGGAAACUCUUAAGGUUCCGGUCAUGGACUUCACCAAGCCUGGUGCACUAAAUCCAGGCAGUCCUGAGUGGGAUUCGCUGAAAGUUCAAGUGAAGGAGGCACUCAAAGAGUAUGGCUGCUUUCAAGCUUUGUACAACAAAGUCCCUGAAGAGCUCCACAAGGCCCUUUUUGGUGCAGCUGAAGAGCUUUUUGACCUCCCUACACAUAUCAAAAAGCUCAAUGUUUGUACACAACCCCUUCGUGGUUAUAUUUGCCAUAAGUACCCCACGGUGGUCGAGGGGAUGGGGGUUGAAGGUGCCGAUGUCUUCGAUGAGGUCGAAAACUUCACCAAAACGUUCUGGCCUCAAGGGAAUCCGAAUUUUAGGUUUGUGAUAUACAAUUUACAAUCAGUAAUAAUCUUACGGAUCCCAAUAUCUUUUGUCCCAGUUAUCUCAAAUGCUAAAAUGGAUGCACAUGAUUUCAUAUGGAUAAUGUGGAACCCACGAUUUCAUAUAAUUCAAGUGCGACAUUCAUCUCACAAAACUAUACACUCUUUCUCGAGGGAGGUAGUGGAGUUGGAAAAAAUGGUUUGUAGGAUGGUUUUUGAAAGUCUGGGUGUUGAGAAAUACUUGCAGAAACACAUGGACUCCACUGACUACCUUCUCAAGUUCAUGAAAUAUUCACCGCUUGAUCAAAACACUGCUGCUAGUACUGGUCCUCAUAUUGGUCUACCUUCUCACACAGAUAAAUCCACCAUCAGCAUAUUAUAUGACAACGAAGUUGGUGGUUUAGAGUUGCAGACCAAGAAUGGAGAGUGGAUCAGCAUCCAAUUAUCACCAGACAAGUUUUUCGUCUUGAUCGGGGAUGUUUUCCAUGCUUGGUCGAAUGGGCAUUUGCACACUCCAUAUCAUCGUGUGACGAAGAGAGGGAAGGAGACAAGGUACUCGGCACAAUUGUUUUCAACUCCAAAAGAAGGUCAUUUGGUGAAGGUUCCAGAGGAGUUGGUGGACGAGCAACACCCUUUGCUCUUCAAACCUUUUUGCCAUGAUGAACUCAACCGUUUCUACGUUGCUAGUCAUGCCAGCGGGAAGUUCGAUGCUACUAUUACAGAUUACUGUGGUGUAGAUCGAAAGAGAUCGACCAUCAACAUCAUCUUCUUCUUCAUCGUCGCAUUGAUGUUGUCAGAUCUGUUUUGGACGUGGUUUCAAACUGAUAGAUCUGGAUCUGCAACUACAAUGUUCGUCGGUACCAAGAGGGUUUAG